ACGCACCAUUUGAUUGGUCGAGACGGAAUGGUAUCCUUUCGGAAAGUGACUGCAGCGUUUUUCUUAUCUACUGCGUGUCUGCGAACUGACACAAAUGCAUGGGCCCAGCUGAAAUGUUCAUUGUCGUCAACACACCGUACCUCUGUAGCAGAUUUAUGACGAAGAGAUCGCAAUUGUCGUUUAGUUUCUCCUCAUAAUGGAAGAACCAGAACGAGCGCUUAAUCCAAGCGCACAGAAUGGUUCUAACAGUACAUGUGGUGGUUAUGCCUCGACCAUGGGGCGAUUUUUCCAUCAGAGAUCUAGUGCUUUUGACUGUAUGCACCCUCCCUCCGGUGGUGUAGGAGUAGGGGUGGGGGUCGGACUGCCCCCUCCCCCACCCUCAGGAUUCGGGUACUCCGGCUAUCCCGGAGAGUGGGGGUUUAUGUCGGGGUCGUAUUCGCCUGGAUUUAAUUUCAAUAGAACGUUUAACACGCCAUCGGCCAAUUUAUUUCCAGUGUCUUCGCGGGAUUUCAAUGUAUCCCUGCCUUCUGUGACGUCAGGACCUCCUCCCCUCAUAGGGUCCAGCCCGACCUCCGGGGUGCUGCCGUGCGAGACAUCUGACGCAUACGAGUCGGGUUUGUGUGGGUCGUCAUGUAGCCCGUCACCCACGGGCCACUGUCUGACAGACGACCUGGACCGGAAGGAAAAUAAAAACAGAGACAACAGCGACCCUUAUAAGCUAGAUUUAUCGGUAAAGCCCAGAAAGGAGAGGACGGCGUUCACAAAACAUCAGAUCCGGGAAUUAGAGAAGGAGUUCUGUGUCCACAAUUAUCUGACGCGGUUACGGCGCUACGAGAUCGCCGUGGCCCUGGACCUUACGGAGAGACAGGUAAAAGUGUGGUUCCAAAACAGGCGGAUGAAAUGGAAACGUGUAAAAGGUACAAAGUUAGUGAAAGACAAAGUGGACGGACAACUGAAGCCAAUAAUGGCCCCUAAUAUAACUUCCACUAGUGUAUCACAGACCGAAAUGGACGACACACAAAGAAAUUCUGUUUGUGACAUGCCACCAUCUUGAAAUUUAUUUUAUAGUUUUUGUGGUUAAUCAAAAACAACGCAUCUGAUAUGUUCAUAAAUUUACGAUGUGUGUCGAGACCAGAUGGGAGUAUCAUAGUAUCGGUUUGUUUCUGAGGAACUCAAUGUGGAUUGAUGGACAAUACAUAUGAAAUGGUGGCUGCCAUUUAGAAAGAAAUGGUGAAAGAUGAGUCUGUGAUCCUGGUGAAAGAAACACCACCUAAGUGGUGUAUACAAGUCGACCAUGUCAGCAAAUAUACGCGUAGAAAUAAAUAAACAAUCUAACGAACUAGCCACUAUUUAUACAACUAUAUACUGCGCGUAUCAAAUGCACAUUUUCAGACACUGAUCGAAAUCACAGAGGCAAGCCUCGGUUUGUGUGAUGUGUGUGUCUACUGAGUGUGACGAUGAAGGUGAUUAGGUCAAAGGUCAUCUAAGUUUAAGUGACCACGUGGAGCAUGGGUUCAGUAAGUGCAAACUCAAUGAUUGUAAGGAACUGUAAAUGUAAAUGACACUGAAAUAGGAGAGUUUACCUUUACUAUAUUAGGGAAAACCUGCAAUUCAUUAAAGCAAGUCGAGCAAGCAUGGGAGGGCAAGUUUCGAUAUAACUUAUUCAUGCUAUAUUGCACGGAAGGUUUUGUGUAAGGUUACAUGGGUAGAGUCAUAUGGUCUCUAUUGUGAUAUAACCUUACGUUGGAGGAUAUCAAAACGUUAAUUUGCGGUUUAUGAGAGAAACUAAAUGACAAACAAAUGAUUAGACUAGUAAAUUAUGUAAAAAAAUGAACAAUUCGGUCCUCACAACGUCCUGUAGAGAGAGUACUGUCGCCUCCAUACUGAAAGGCAAUCAUUUAUGUAAUACAAGCACUGACGUCAUGUGAUAGUUAUUAAGCUACGGAAGCAAAAUGAGUCCAUAUAUCUGACGUACAUCUAUGGAUUUACAACCACACACAUUGGAAUCUGUGUACCAAUGUAUCUGUCUUUAUCGCAAUGUAUGUCCUGGUUUUACAAUAUAUUUAUUUGUAUUAAAUAUAUGACAUUUCUAUUUCUGAAAGUUGACGAUGACGCGCGCUGAACCGACAGUGAUUUGCCGCAUUAUCGCGAAAAAUGAUAUAUAUCAUAUAUGUUCCUAUAGAAGGAUAGGUAAGUGAUAGGGGUCGAUGUGUGUGUUGGACGCUUUUGCAUUUGAUAUGAAAGGAUAUUUUAUUGUAUAUAUGCAGCAUUUUUGCAUGAAGAUUUAAAUAAGUCGAAACAAACAGUGGUCUGUUUCUGGAUUCUUCUUGUAACAAGUCUUAACUUUUAAAAUUUCUCAAUUGGAAAAUGCUUCAAUUUUCUUAACUUUUGAGAUGUUUGUUACAAUUAUGUUUUUAUCCCCAUAUUGGAAGAAAGCGAAACAUAUUUACAUGUACGUGUAUGAAUGAACAAUGUAUGUAUGAUAACUUGAAGCAUUGUUUUACGAUUUUAGUAUGGUAUACAUAAUUGUGACUAUAAUUUAUACAAAUGUAUCGGAGAAUUGUUUGUACAACUGUAUUAGAACAAUAUUAAAAUG